UGUGUGUGUGUGUGUGUGUGUGUGUGUGUGUGUUCCAGGGAAGUACUACAUAGCGACGAUGACGAUGAUCACGGCCUCGACAUCUCUGACCAUCUUCAUCAUGAACAUCCAUUUCUGUGGUGCAGAGGCCAAGCCUGUUCCUCACUGGGCCAAGGUACUCAUCAUCGACUACAUGUCUAAGAUCCUGUUUGUGUACGAGGUGGGAGAGAACUGCACUACACCAGAGAGUGAGAGAACACCUCUCUACAGUGAGGAACCAAUGUCGGGCAACUCCGCCCUGGCACGGAACCAUUACCACGACGACCUCUACCAUGACGGCUGUUACCAAGACGACUGCCAUCGCCUCGGUCCGUAUCAGUACGGCAAUGGGCACCUCCAAAAUCACCUCGACAACAGUCGCUACGCUAACGGCGGUCACCGCGACGAUCCUUACAGUAACCGUAGUAACCGGAACCAUCACAGCAACCCGAGCCAGACCUCCAAGGGGGAAGGGGAGCUGGACUAUCAGGCACCCUCCAGGAACCUCCAGAAUGGUGGGCUGAAUGAGCCGCUGCCUUACCCCAAGGAGAAGCACCUCAACCCAGCCUCGGCCCCAGCCUGCUCCUGCCCCUGCCCACACCACAAACAGGUGGUGUAUAACAUUCAGUACAUCGCCAACUGUUUCCGGGAGCAACGGGCCACGUGUGCGAAAGGGGCGGAGUGGAAGAAGGUUGCCAAGGUGAUGGACCGGUUCUUCAUGUGGAUCUUCUUCAUCAUGGUCUUCCUCAUGAGUAUCCUCAUCAUCGGCAAGGCGACUUGACGGAGGGAGGGAGGAGAGAGAUGGAUGGAUAGAGGGAGGGAGGAAGGGAGGGAGGAGAGA